AUGGCUGAGAUUUCACUUUCGCAUACUUUUAAGGGCCAUUCGGACAAGUGCUGGUCCACUUCGGUGCACAAGAAAUACCCUUUGCUGGCAUCGGUGUCCUCCGAUAAGACAUGUCGGUUGUACAAUCUGAAUACUAAGCAGCUGAUAGCUAUUCUGGACGAUGACACUCACUCUAAAGCUGUGCGGACAGUUGAUUGGAAACCAACAGGGGAUUUUCCCUCGCUUGCUGUUGGGUCUUUUGACUCUACGAUUUCUAUAUGGGGUAGAGAAGAUGAAGAUGGCGACGAGAUGGAGAUCAGUGUGACUGCGGCCACAGCAUCUGGAUCCGAGUGGUCAUUGAUGGCUGUGAUCGAGGGACACGAAAACGAAGUCAAGGCGGUGAGCUGGUCAUGUGAUGGAGAGUAUCUGGCUUCUUGCAGCAGGGACAAGUCUGUCUGGUUAUGGGAGACUGAUGAGGCCAACGAGGAGUUUGAGUGUAUCAAUGUAAUACAGGACCAUUCACAAGAUGUGAAGCACGUGGUGUGGCAUCCGUUUACGAAGUUUUUGGCCACUUCGAGCUAUGACGAUACCAUCAGAUUAUACAAGCAAGACUCGUAUGAUUACGACGACUGGAUCAACGUUGCCGUGUUAACCGGCCAUCAAGGGACUGUGUGGCAUAGUGAUUUCGAAAAGAUAGACCCCGAUCAGGGCAUAAGGCUAUGUUCAGGUAGUGACGAUGAGACUGUGAGAAUAUGGAAAAGAGUAUCAGGAGCGGAAUUGAGCAAGCAAAAGAAUGGUGAAGCAAUUCCAUCAGUGGUUCGUGAAGAUUCUCAUUCAGACGAGUGGGUCGAGGAGGCCAUGCUGCCUAAAGUGCAUACCGGUCCUGUGUACUCAGUUUCUUGGAACAAGAAUGGACUCAUUGCAAGUGCAAGCGCGGAUGGCAGAAUCGUUGUUUACGAAGAGACAGCCAAGGGAGUGUGGAGGGUGGUAGCAGUGAAGGAGACGACUCAUGGUAUCUUCGAGGUCAACUCGAUUGAAUGGUGGAGCUCGCCAGAUGGAGAGAUGUUGGUGAGUGCCGGUGAUGAUGGCAACGUUAACCUUUGGUCUUUAAGCCUGUGA